GUUCCUUAUUUUAAGAGAUCAGAAGAAACCAAAGUUUGGAUCUUUUUAUAGUUUUCUUCCAAGUUUUGUUUUUGUUUUUUCUUUUGUUGGAGUUUCCUUCUUCAUAUAGCUAUAACCAUAUAGCUAGCCAUGGAUAUGUUUUCUUCUCAUUCCUUGUCCUAUAAGCUAAGCUCUUUGUCUACUGAAGCAAGUGCCUCUUCUGGUAACAACACACUCAGUACCAUCCAAGAAUUCAGUGGCUUUCACAAUGUGAUUUCUAGUGUUUGUACACACACAGAGACUCACAAGCCUAAGAAAAAGAGAGGCCUUCCUGGAAAUCCUGAUCCAGAUGCAGAAGUGAUCGCAUUAUCACCAAAGACACUUCUUGCAACAAACAGAUUCGUUUGUGAGAUAUGCAACAAAGGGUUUCAAAGAGAUCAGAAUCUACAGCUUCACAGGAGAGGCCACAAUCUUCCAUGGAAGCUGAAACAGAAGAACACCAAAGAACAACAAAAGAAGAAAGUCUACGUGUGCCCAGAGACAAACUGUGCUCAUCACCAUCCAUCUAGAGCUCUUGGGGAUCUCACAGGGAUCAAGAAACACUUUUGCAGGAAACAUGGAGAGAAGAAAUGGAAAUGUGAAAAGUGUUCAAAGUUCUAUGCUGUUCAAUCUGAUUGGAAAGCUCAUACCAAGAUCUGUGGUACUAGAGAUUAUAGAUGUGACUGCGGCACUCUUUUCUCGAGGAAAGACACUUUCAUAACGCAUAGAGCGUUUUGUGAUGCAUUAGCAGAAGAAAGUGCAAGACUCCACUCAACUUCUUCCUCCAAUCUCACAAACCCUAACCCUAAUUUCCAAGGCCAUCAUUUUAUGUUCAAUAAAUCUUCCUCCUUGCUCUUCACGUCAUCACCUCUUUUCAUCGAACCAUCACUUUCCACCGCCGCUCUUUCAACGCCUCCAACGGCAGCUCUUUCCGCGACGGCUCUUCUCCAAAAGGCCACCUCUCUCAGCUCCACUACUUUCGGCGGCGGAGGACAGACUCGAUCCAUUGGUCAUCACCGACAUUUGACGAACGUCAACGAGUUUCUUGGUGUUGACCGAGUCAUGAUGACGUCAGCUUCUUCGUCUGAGUACGACCAGUUAGUUGUUGAUGGGUUUACGUCCACGUGGCAGAAAGCUGACCGUUUGACCAGAGACUUUCUUGGACUCACGGGUCAUGGGGGACACGUUAGCGUCAGACCUGGGGAUAUGCUAGAGUACGCGGGUGGAGUGGCGUUUCCUAUGUCGGCGUACGAUACCGAAUCUCAUGAUCACUCGUUUCAGAAGGCUUACGAUCAUCUGGGAUUCUCAGGGGCCCAUCGUAUGUAAAAGGGCAAAACUGGAAUCUUGUUACUUUCUUUAUUUUGUUUCUCUCAAAUUACUUAAAUACCCUCGUGGACAAAAAAAAAGACACAGAGCAUUUCUUUCUGGGGAUUAUUAAUUUUCUAAAAUUGUUGCUAGCUUUGAAUUUUUGUCUCGUUUACGUUGGAUUUUCUUGUAAAAAUAUAUUCGUACAAGG